GUGUGUUAGAAAAUGCUGGCUCUCUUGUCCAGCAAGUAACCGUAACAGUCUGCUAUUUCCCGCGGUUCUCAUGUGCAGCAAGUAACUGUAGCAGUCUGCUAUUUCCCGUGUAAUAAGACAGGGAUAGUAACAGACUUGUACAUAUAGCCACCAUAAGAGGUCGCUUGGUUUCCUAAACGAAGUAUUCGUUAGCUAUUAGCUAAUCUAUAAUAAAAUAUUACGCAUCGCAAAGAUUUAUGGGAAUGUUGCGUUGCUAUAGUGACGAGGUUAGGCGGUGUGUGCAGUGCAUGCUGGGAGAGCGGGACUUUUCAGCAGUAAUAUCAAGCAAAUAUAUAAAUAAUGAGAAGAUCAGCAGCUCCAAGUCAGCUCUCUGGCAAUGCUGCAAAGAAGCCUCGCUUUAUACCGCCUGGAAAGAUGAAUACAGCAUGUCUGAAUAAGGAGACAGAACGUUUAAAUACAGAUCUCAAACCAAACGAGAUUAAGAAUGAUACAGUGCCUUCCAGAGCCUUUGCAAGAAUAUGUGGAAUUACUGCAAAUUCUGUUAAAACAGAAGAUACUCCACCUGUGGCAGAUUAUACGAAAAAAACUGAGGUGACAAGUGGUCCAAAGUUUAGAUCACCAGCAGACCCAUCGUGUAUUACAGAUCAAGUGACAGAGCACAAGAAUGAUCAGGAAGAUGGUGUCUCCUUCAUGAAAUAUUUUAGUGUUGUUUGGUGCAAAGCAUCAAAGAAGAAACAUAAGAAAUGGGAAGGGGAUGCUGUUCUUAUUGCUAGAGGAAGAACGGUGACUCUAAAAGACUUGGAAGGGAAAGAUAUUGGCAAAGGCACAGGAUAUAAACUGAAGGAUCUCGAGAGCCUAGAAGAAGGUCACACUUUGAUGAUUGGCGGCAAGGAAAUUGAAGUGAUGGGAGUAAUUUCAACUGACGAUUAUAAUAGCGGCAGGUGCUUCCACUCGGGUGUGGCAUCUUCCACUUCAGUGGCUUCAAUUUCUGUUCAAACUAAACCCUUCGUUAAUCCUGUUAAAAAUGGUGAUCAUUCUGGCAGCAAAGAAAAUGUAUUAAAAGAUACACAGAAUUAUAAGCCACGCCAUGAUCCAAAUGCACCAAAUUCCAUAGUUAUGCCAAAGCCAACUCAGAAUCACCAAUGGAUGUUCAAUAAGUCUGGUUUACCGAUAGUCGAUGUUGUGGUAGAUCCAUACUUGGCUGUUCAUCUCAGACCCCAUCAGAGGGAAGGAGUUAUUUUUCUUUAUGAAUGUGUAAUGGGAAUGAGAGUCAAUGGACGGUUUGGAGCAAUCCUUGCAGAUGAAAUGGGUCUAGGAAAGACGUUGCAGUGCAUAUCAUUAAUAUGGACGCUUUUACGCCAAGGUCCCUAUGGAGGAAAACCAAUCCUGAAGAAAGUGCUUAUUGUUACUCCAGGGAGUUUGGUUAAAAACUGGAGGAAAGAGUUCCAGAAGUGGCUUGGCACUGAGCGCUUACGGGUGUUUGCAGUUGAUCAGGACAACAGAGUUGAUGAGUUCCUCAAUUCUCCCCUUUAUUCAGUCCUGAUCAUAAGCUAUGAGAUGCUGUUACGCUCUUUUGAGCAAAUACAGAGCAUGGAUUUUGAUCUGAUAAUAUGUGAUGAAGGUCAUCGUUUAAAGAACAGCUCUAUAAAAACAACUUCAGCACUUACCAGUCUGUCAUGCAGCAAACGAAUUAUUCUUUCAGGAACGCCUGUGCAGAAUGAUCUCCAGGAGUUUUAUGCAUUGAUUGAGUUUGUAAAUCCAGGAGUUCUUGGCUCUUUGUGCACAUACAAAAAAAUAUAUGAGGAGCCAAUUAUUCGAUACCGGGAACCAUCGGCAACACAGGAAGAAAAAGAAUUAGGCGAGGAAAGAGCCACAGAGCUCGCUCGGCUCACUGGUCUGUUUAUUCUCAGGAGAACACAAGAAGUUAUUAACAAAUUCCUCCCUCCAAAAGUUGAGAGUAUAGUCUUCUGCCGACCUUCUAAUAUUCAGAUUGAACUUUACAAAAAGUUACUGAACUCACGAGCUAUUAGGUCUUGCUUGCAAGGCAUUGGGGAAAACAGUCCACAUUUGGUGUGCAUCAAUGCUCUUAAAAAACUUUGCAACCAUCCUUGUCUGCUUUUCAGGACGAUACAGGACAAAGAAAAAAAUCCUGAUCAUGAUGAACAUAACAUCUAUGAAGGUUUAAUGGAACUUUUUCCACAUAACUACAACUUAGAUGCAAUUUCAGAAUCUGAAUCUGGAAAACUACUAGUUUUAACCAAGUUGUUAUCAGCAAUACGGGAGCACAGCCCAUCUGAGAAGGUUGUGCUGGUGUCUAAUUAUACUCAGACCCUAAACAUAUUGCAAGAGACUUGCAAGCGGCAUGGAUACAAGUGCACAAGGUUAGAUGGACAGACCCCUGUCUCACACAGACAGCAAAUUGUAGAUGGAUUUAACAGCAAGUAUUCUUCAGACUUCAUCUUUUUUCUGAGCUCCAAGGCUGGAGGGGUUGGUUUGAACCUAAUUGGAGCAUCUCAUCUGGUACUCUAUGAUAUUGAUUGGAAUCCUGCUAAUGAUAUACAGGCAAUGGCUCGAGUGUGGCGAGACGGUCAGAAACAUACUGUCCACAUAUACAGACUGCUAACCACAGGGUCGUUAGAGGAAAAAAUUUACCAGAGACAGAUUUCUAAGCAGGGACUCUCUGGGGCAGUUGUGGACCUGACAAAGAAGUCUGAACACAUCCGUUUUUCUCUGGAUGAGCUGAGAAAUCUCUUUAAGUUUCAUGAAGACUCAGACUGUGUCACUCAUGACCUGCUGGAGUGUGACUGUGCAAGCAAAAAGAGACAAUUAGUUGAUACCAAGCAGAAGCUGAACACAUAUAGAAGCUGCCAACUUGGCUCACGUCAGCCUGAUAAGAAUAUUUCCAUGUCUGAGCUGAUGCAGUGGAAACACUAUUUUGUACAACACAAUUUUGAUGACCCCUUUUUGCAGACAGGGAAAGAAUUUAUUUCAUUUGUUUUCCAGAACACAACAAACAGCCAAGAAAUUUCAAAGGAGUGAACUUCUAUCAAAUAAUGUACUUUCUUAUAAUAAUAAUAUAUUAAUUACCUUGCAACUGCUCCGGGCUCUGUCCAAACUAUUACAAGCAUACAAAACAAGUUUGUGAUAAUGUGAAUAAAUGUUUUUACUUGUGCAAAACUUA